ACAGAGGGCAUUGUAGAGUUUUAUCUAUGAUGUAACAGCACCAUCUCCGGUCUCUGUUGUUGUACGCCCCGAAAACACAGCAUCAGCACCAGCGCGCCAACACCACCAGCCUGCCUGCUUUCUGUGCAUACUUAGGUUACCUGCCUCCGUUCCACCAUGAGGUUUCCAUGACAAAGAAAGCGGCGCGACUAGGCCUCCAUUCCUCCUUCUCUGUCUCAUUUCGCGCAGUUAUGUCUUUGGUUCGCGGCUCCCUCUCGCCAUGCCUGCGGACCGCCUGUACCUGCUUUUCUCGCUGGUUGUGAUCUCCUGCGGGGAUGGUGUCGUAAGGGCGGCGCCGGAGGGUGGUGUCCUCCGCGGCCAACCCACGCUGCUGGCCGCGGAGGACAAUGCCAUCGCCACUGUCCCAGACGGAUCCAUCACCGGCCAGACGGCCCUUUAUCAGGUUCAGACUCCGUCUGCCUUAACACCAGAGCCGCCCUUUGCCCUGAGGGUCCUGGUGAAGGAUCAGGUGACCCGGCGGCGCCUGGGCGGGGCCCAGGUGGAGGUGUUUGUCAACCACACCCUGAGUAGCCAGGCCCUGACUGGGGAGAGGGGAGAGGUGCUGCUCAGGGUCCCCUACAGCCUGGGCCUCAGCCUCACCAUUGUAGCUAGCAUGGAGGGAUAUGUCCUCACCCCGCUGCCCUGGAGGACCACCAAGAGACCCAUAUUCUCCUCAGUGACCUUAUCGCUGCUCCCUCAAAACCAAGGCAACAUCUGGCUGUUUGACGACUCCGUGCUCAUCACUGGGAAGUUACCUGUUAUCUCCUACCAGCCCAGCGUUCAGUUCCCCAAGAGUCACAUGAUGCUCUCAGACGGCAGAAACACCUCCACAGUGAUGGCCUACCUGACCGUGCCACAGCGCCACCUAGGCAAGGACUGUGUCAACUGCACCCCAGGCAUCAUUCACAACAAGUCAGUGUUCAGGAGUGUUGAGUUGCGGGCGAUGGCAGCGGUCAGCACUCUGCUGUACUCUGGUGGUCAGGAGGUCCAGGUGAAAGGCCCCAUCCAGAUCUCCCUGCCCCUGGCACACACCACCAACCUGAGGCCCUCGGACACCCUCCCUGCCUGGGACUUCAACACCAAGACAGGUGCGUGGGAGAACCAGGGUCUGGGGAUAGUGAAGAUGGUUGGAGAUCAUCUGGUCUGGACCUACAUUGCUUCUCACCUGGGUUACUGGAUCGCUGCACCCCUACCCUCCUCCAACGGUUAUAUGGGCCAUGCCAGCUCAAUGGAAUUCCUCUCCUACCACACCUACCUGCUCAUAGGAAUACUGGCUGGAUAUAUCACAGAUGGGGGCGUGUGGGGCGAAGGGGGUUGUCCAAAAUAUUUACAAGAUUCAGGUUCCGCUCGUGGACCGAGGAGGAGGAGGAGAGCACGGUUCUCUAAGCUGUCCGCUCUGAAGAAGGACCAGACCACCUCCACCCACAUGGAGGAGGGCCAUGCCAUGAUGUCCUUCCACCCCGGAGACAGAGCCCACGGCCUGGCCUCGCGCAGCGUCCAGUGUGACCCCUCCACCCCCAGGCACAACAAAGCCAACUACAACAUCUAUGUGGAAGACCCCGGGCGUGGGUCCGCCGCCCUCCUGUAUGAAAAUGUGGGGAGUGGGGCCAAGGGACCCCAGGCAUCACACCACUACGUCAACAGUGAGGAGGUGGCCAGGCUGAGGGAGAGGUCCAGAGAGGAGCAGAAUAGAGCCCACCUGGGUGGAGGUGUUCAGCUGCUCCACCUUUACAACCAGCCUGUGGCCAUCCUCCAGGCCCCGGAGCGCUUCAGCAGCCAGGGUGGGGAACAGCAAGGAUCAGGCUGCAAGUCGGCCACCUUCCCCCGCAACGGAGGAGCCUAUGACACCCACACCCACUCUGAGCAGGGCGGUCAGGACAGCUACACCCAGACCCUCCCUAAGAACCCCCACCAUGCCCAGGGAGCCAACCCCCAGCAGGGCAGCCAGGACCAGCCCCAGGCCCUGGAGACCACUCCCCAAGGCCCAGCCUCUAAUCCUGGUGCGUGGGGCCGUUACAGCAGCCUCCCGGAGUCCUCCGUUUCCGUCCCCGGUACUCUGAACGAGGCGGCUGGAAUGAGGGCAUUCAGCAGUGGGAUGGGGGGCCCCAGUGAACUUCAGGGGAUAUCAGAGCGUACACUCCUGGAGCUGACCCGAGGUAAGGCCUCGUCGCCUCACCCCAGGGCCUGGUUCGUCUCCCUGGAUGGGAAACCAGCCGCCUCGGUCCGCCACUCCAUCAUAGAGCUCCAGGGACGCCACCCACGGCCCCCCAGCAGCAACGACACCAGCCUGGACUCUGGCGUGGACAUGAAUGAGCCCCAGCAGAGUGUGAGGGAGGUGGAGCGAGAGAGGCCUUCCAUCCGGGGCUCGUUCCCCCACCACAGCAGAGGGCGCUACAGCGAGGAGCAGGACCUGAGCAGCAGCGAGAGCGGCACCACUGCCACCUGCACCCCUGAAGACCCCUCCCUGAGGAACAUUCUGGACGGGAGCAGCGGGGCCAUUCCCAAUAUCCCGGAGGAGCGGGACGGGAUGGACACGUCCAGUGCACAGGAGGACAGUGAGUCGAGGGGGACACCGCCCCCACGCAGGCUGAGGAAGGUGAGGGAGAAGGGGAGGGCCGAGAAGAGAAGCGCCAGGCACCAUGUCAGAGAAGAGAGGCCUCUGGUCAAACGGAGCUAAGGCACUGCUCACCAGAGAUGGACUGGGAUAGAACUUAUUUCAUUACCAGUCAAUUCUGGAAGUGUAUUGACAUUAUUGGCAUUCAGUAGUUAAUGGGCUUUUUUCAUGUCCAGUUGCAUGAUCAGUGCUUCUUCCUUAAUUGGCUGUGAUGGUUACAGAAACGUUGAAUCUGUCAAGAAGGGAUUGAGUUUAUUAUUUUCCUAUAGGAGUCGUACAUUGGCAGACGGCUGAGACAAUGUACGGCGAUGUUAGAGCGUUUUCUGUGGUUUGAUGGAUGUGUAUGCUCCAGUCCUUCUAAAAGGAAUAGUUAGAUUGAUGCUAGUGCGACACAGCAGUAGUAUGGCUUCAGAUCGUCUCAUUCCUGGCAUCUGCAUCAAAGAAGAUGCGUUCUUUACGCUGCCUGCGAUGAGGAAUUAGAGCUACUGUAUAGAGAGAUAAUGAAGGGUAAUUAGAGAGGAUAGAGGGCUGUAUUGGGCUGAGCCGAUGAGAUCUGGCAGCAGAGACGGACAGUGAUACAGUCCUCCUGUACAGAACACUGACACUUACCCACCGUGAUUGCCUGCCUUUAAAGGAAAUCAAUAUUAACACCAUUGCCUGCUCUGCUCACAGUGUUUAAGACUGGCUGUACCCAGCCAUCUGUCUAUCGCUCUGUUUAUAAACUAGACACUGAUUCACAGCUGUCACUUUUAGAGGUCAUCUUUACACCUCUAUUAAGGGGAAAAUACCAUAUUUCUUUGAGAAUGCAUGAAAGGUAAAAAGUAAAAUGUUGUGUAUGAAAAAGAGGAAAGUAUGUGUAUUUGACUUGUAGUGUGAAGACAAUGGAAAGGAUGUCUCUUCUUAGGGACAUUAAGUCUGAGGGAUACUAAUCCAGUCAUGUAUUACUUUAACGUAUUCUUCUUCAAAUAGUUACUGUUGAUGUUCAAUGAUUCCUGUUCCACGAGCAGAUUUUACACAACACAGCUCUGUUCUUACAUACAGAUGGAGUAUGGGGAGGUGUUCAGUUUAAAAAGCACAGAACACUUUCAUUUGCCUGUUUGUGAUGCAUUGGAGCACAAUUGGGAACGAUACACAUAGUAUAAUUUGAUUGGUUAGAACCCACUGCAAUGAGAACGUAAUAAGCGUAACAUAAAACACUCAAAUAAAUGAAAGCACUCAAAUUUAUGUUGCUUUUUUUGUUGUUGUAAAAAGUGAGGUGGUAUUUCAAAUUAACACAAACUAUAUUACUGUGAUGGACUGAUACAUUUGGAGAAGCACACAAUCUCCUCCUGAAAAUGAUCUGACAAGCGAUAUCAGUCGUCCUGCUGCUAAGUUUGAAACAUCAUUCAUAUUUUGCCCAUAUUUAGUCUUCCUCAUGGUGUGACAUCACACAAGCCAGUCCUUCAGUGUGUAUGAAGAUAAAUACUGUACAUGAAUAGCUUUAUUUGGUAUGUACAUACUCAAGCAUAUGAUCUAGUAUGUGUGAUAGUGUAUUUUUAUGUAUGUAUGCAUACAUCAUCCUAUCCUUUCUCAGCAACUGCGAAGAAAAAUGUUCUGAGAGAAUGCUUCUCAGAGUGAAGAAGAAAGAUACGCUUUUUUGAGCCAUCAUCACUAUUCAUAAACCCAAGCUUUAGUGUAUGUGCUUCACUUCGGAGGUUUGUUACAUUAUUGUAUGUUCGCUUUGGUGCGAUGAAUAGGUUCAAAUGUGAUCUGGAGUGUAAAAAGCUUGACGACGUAGCAACUUGUACCUUCUAAAUGUAGCAGCGCAAGUUAUACACCUGACGAAUGCAGUGAUGAUUUAUGAAGCUUAAAAUGAUUGAAUGCUGAACAUUUUGUUGUUGUCGCCACUGAUGAAGGUUAUGAAAAACAAGCUGUUUCAACCGUUGGAGAAUUGUAUAAAGUAUAGUAUGUAAUAAUAUUACUCAGAGACGAAACAGACCCCACUGGCCCAUUCUUUUCAAAGUGGCCUUCACUGAAUGUAUUUCCUUGUAUUUAUUUCAUUGUAAUGUAGUGUAUUUCUACUGUCCGUAUUCAUUUAACAUUAACUGGCAUUCGGGCUUUUGAAACGGGCAUUUCUUGUGUUGAUUACGUCAGUAUGUUACAGUAGUGUGAUUAGUCUGCCUUUUUGUGCACUUAUCAAUGCCUAAGUAAUAAACUCACUUGAUACCAA